UAUUCACUGCGGUUUAUCUUUCUUAAUAUUCACUCUCUUCAGCUUGAUAUAGCUAUUCCCGAGACUGUAUGAUUCAGUGAGGGGGAUAGAGACAGUGUGAUCAUGGAUACGUAUGCGCUGCAUUUGGCCGUUGCGGCUCUGGUUGGAGCUUCCGUGGUGUCUAUGUCGGCUUACUAUAUGCACCGGAAGACCCUAACUCAACUUCUUGAGUUUGCCAAGACGGUGGAUAAAGACAGGGAGAAAGAUGAUGUUUCCUCCGGUGAUUCGCCGCAGCAUUUCAAGAGGAGGCGUUCUCGUGCAAAGAGGAAGGGGAGCGGGUGUUACCGGCGGGACUCGGCGUCCUCACCUGAUACUAUGGCAAUCUCCGGCUGGAAAGAUGGAGAGGAGAAGCGCAAUGGUACGAUGCUGGUUAAUGGUGUUCCUGAUGGGCUGCCUAGGCUGCAUAUGCUUGGCGAAGGAAAAUCUGCGCAUGCUGUUGACGGAAAGAAAAAUCUUUUGAGAACAACUUCCCCCAGGUCUCCUGUUGCUAGCGCUAGUGCCUUUGAAAGUGGGGAAGCAUCAGAUGACGAAGAUAAUGUGACUGACAAUGCUAAGGGCACUGGGGGCGAAAACCCAUAUGAGAGUUUUAAUGUUAAUGCUAACGGAGAGCAAAUGUCUGUUGUUGCUUCAAGUAUGAUCCGUUCUCAUAGUGUUUCUGGUGAUUUGCAUGGUAUUCAGCCUCACCCUAUUGCGGCUGACAUUCUGAGAAAAGAGCCAGAGCAUGAAAGUUUUGCCCGACUCAAUAUUACUCCAAUUGAGGUUCCAUCACAUGAUGAAGCAGAAGUAUAUGUGAUUCUUCAAGAAUUCCUGGAAAUGCGAAAAAGGUAUGUGUUCCAAGAGGCAAUUGCUCCAUGGGAGAAAGAAGUUAUAUCUGAACCUGGUACUCCGAAGCCUAACCCAGACCCAUUCUUCUACAUUCCUGAAGGAAAGUCUGAUCAUUACUUUGAAAUGCAAGAUGGGGUUAUUCAUGUUUACCCUUGUAGAGACUCAAAGGAAGAGCUUUUCCCUGUUGCCGACGCUACUACAUUUUUCACUGAUCUUCAUCACAUGCUUCGAGUCAUUGCAGCAGGAAAUGCUAGAACUUUAUGCCAUCAUCGGCUUAAUCUUCUAGAACAAAAAUUCAAGCUUCAUUUGAUGCUAAAUGCGGAUAGGGAGUUUCUUGCCCAGAAAAGUGCUCCACAUCGAGACUUCUAUAAUGUCAGGAAAGUUGAUACACAUGUACAUCACUCAGCAUGCAUGAACCAGAAACAUCUAUUAACGUUUAUAAAGUCAAAGUUGAGGAAAGAACCAGAUGAGGUUGUCAUAUUUCGAGAUGGGACAUAUUUGACCUUGAAAGAAGUUUUUGAGAGUCUUGAUUUAACUGGGCAUGACCUCAACGUGGACCUUUUGGAUGUUCAUGCAGACAAGAGUACAUUUCAUCGCUUUGACAAGUUCAAUCUGAAGUACAAUCCGUGUGGUCAAAGUAGGCUUAGAGAGAUAUUCUUAAAGCAGGAUAAUUUGAUUCAAGGUCGCUUCCUUGCUGAGCUGACAAAAGAAGUGUUUUCUGACCUUGAUGCCUGUAAAUAUCAGAUGGCCGAAUAUCGAAUAUCAAUAUAUGGUAGGAAGCAAAGUGAGUGGGACCAACUGGCAAGCUGGAUAGUGAACAAUGAGCUGUACAGUGAGAAUGUUGUUUGGUUAAUUCAGCUUCCACGAUUGUAUAAUGUCUACAAAGAACUGGGUAUAGUGGCAUCAUUCCAGAACAUUCUUGACAAUAUCUUUAUUCCAUUAUUUGAAGUUACUGUGGACCCAGAUUCCCAUCCUCAGUUGCAUGUUUUCUUGAAAAAGGUUGUCGGGCUGGAUUUGGUUGAUGAUGAAAGUAAGCCUGAAAGACGACCAACUAAGCACAUGCCUACACCUGCUCAAUGGACCAAUGCUUUUAAUCCAGCAUAUUCGUACUAUGUGUACUACUGUUAUGCAAAUCUAUGCACCUUAAAUAAGCUUCGUGAAUCAAAGGGAAUGACAACAAUCAAAUUCCGCCCUCAUUGUGGAGAGGCUGGUGAUAUCGACCACCUAGCUGCAGCCUUCCUCACUGCUCAUAACAUUGCACAUGGAAUUAAUUUGAGGAAAUCUCCUGUGCUUCAGUACUUGUAUUACCUAGCUCAGAUUGGGUUGGCUAUGUCUCCUUUGAGUAAUAACUCCCUAUUUUUAGACUACCAUCGGAAUCCCUUUCCAACAUUCUUCUCACGGGGUCUGAAUGUGUCACUUUCUACUGAUGAUCCACUUCAAAUUCACUUAACGAAAGAACCAUUGGUUGAGGAAUAUAGCAUAGCUUCUUCUGUGUGGAAAUUGAGCUCUUGCGAUUUAUGUGAGAUUGCCCGUAAUUCAGUGUAUCAAUCUGGUUUCUCGCAUGCCUUAAAGUCACAUUGGAUUGGCAAGGAGUAUUACGAAAAGGGGCCUAAUGGAAACGACAUUCACAAAACUAAUGUUCCUCACAUUCGGAUAGAAUUCCGAGACACGAUUUGGAGAGGAGAGAUGCAACAGGUUCACUUAGGAAAGGCCAUCGCCUCCGAAAUAGCCGUAUAAUAUGCCUAGAGACACGUGCUCCGUCCUUGCUUCGAGCAACCCCAACUUUUGAACAGCUUUACAGGUCUAAACUGAGCUCCCGGUCGUCAGCAUCAAAAGAGACGACGAAAUUCAGAU